CACUCAUACUUACCUCAUACACUUCGCAUUUUCUCACAAGAGCUGUGGCUAGAAACUUCAUUCCGCUAAACUUCAUCCAUCUUCUUUGUGAGGUGCAUGAUUAUCCAACAAUCUCUGUAAAGCCGCUCGAUAAGUUCGCGGUCUUCAAGCUCUGAUUGUCUCUUGCCUCGCAAACAAACUCACUCUUCUGCACCGAACCAUUCUAUCAUCUCCCCCAUUGCCCAACACUCGUACAACCUGACCUCAGUUGUUGACCUACGGUGUCCCUCGAACAGAUCUCAACUUGGGACUACAUAAUUGCUAGUGCCACAAUUUGCUAUUUAUUAUAAUAGCGAUGGCUUCUCCAAGUGGCGAAAGACCCACGCCCCCUCUCCACCAGCUGGAUUCUAGUCAUAUUCCAGAGAGUUAUCACAAACAACGCAUCUUAAACUAUAUCAAUAAUAUCCAUCCCGCUCACUGGCCUGAAAUUGACAUAACAACCCCUUCGUCUUCUCCUUCAUUUCCAUUAACGAAUAUGGAUCUCCAAAUGACUUCCCCAGUCGCCAGCAAAAAGAGGAACCUCACUUAUGCGGAUGGAGUUGCAUACAGAGAAGCCCUCUUACGCCGUAAUAUUAGCCUCGAGCAGGAAAUUCCUCCGUCAUACGCGGAACGCAAACCAGACUACGAGUUACCCUCUACGUUGACAGCACCUACAGAAGUCAAAUAUUCUCUUGAACAUGCAAACUUGAAUAGGGAUCGUGCUGUCGGUCUGGCUGCUUUCAGCUUAUCUAUGCCAUUCUUUGUCACUGAAUGGCUCAUUCAUAUGUCGGAGUUGAACUAUCACGCAUCGAUGCAUUUCAAAACCGAGCCUCUUGAAACGCGACAGACAAUGCUACGAACUCUCAGUAUACCAGACCCGGACAUCAUCAUUGGCUAUAAGUGGAAUUUGAUACGUGGAAAUUAUAGACCUGCUUUCAACAUCUUGCCAGACAGUCUCAAGUUCGCGUUCCCAAUAGCCGAGGAUGCAAAUUUUGCUCUUCCCUUCUUUUCCAUCGAGAUGAGAAUCGACGCAGAGCAAGGCCCUCGCCUGAACCUCCACAUGGCCGCCUUAAUGCUCAGAGCUCUGCGAAAUCUCUACCAAAAGGCCUGCGGAAAAAACGACGAAGCCGACAAGUUCGACGGGAAGGUACGAGUACUUACGGCUACGAUCAAUCGCAGCGAUGUGAACGUUUUCGGACACUGGACGAGCAGCCGCCCAGGAGAUCCGAACGUUACUUACGAGCACUUUCUUAUUAAAAAGUGGCACCUCUGUGGAAUGGAAGACUUAUAUGCGGCACGACAUGGUUUAGAGACGCUCUGCAAGUGGAUGAUGAACGAAAACCGCAAGUGGAUUGUUUCUGGCUUACAAGAAUUGGCCAAGACUUGAUGUGAUAUUUCCAUCGUUACGCUGAAAACUUAGAUUAGUUUUGCUUCUCCAUUUCUUGCUGUCUUUCUUUCUUUAUUCUUCUUGCUUUCAAGAUAGGACAAUAAAUAUCAGCUAGUCAUUCCUU